AUGGAGAUCGACUCCAAGAUCAAGGCGUACCGCUUCGUCGGUUAUGCCGCCAUCGGCUUCUCGACCGUCGCUGUUCUUUCCAUCUGCAUCACCAUGCCCAUGAUGUACAACUACAUGUCGCACAUGCGCAAGCAGGUCGGAGUUGAGAUGGAGAAGUGCCGUGUGCAGGUUAAGGACACCUGGACCGAGGUCUACCACAUGGGAGCCGAGCCCCUCGUCAUGAACAAGACCCGUGUGGCCCGUCAAGCCUCGCAGUGCGAGGGCUGCUGCCUGCCCGGAGCCGCCGGACCCCAGGGAACCCCCGGAAAGCCCGGACGCCCUGGACGCACCGGAUCUCCCGAGCGCGGAAUCUGCCCCAAGUACUGUGCCCUCGACGGAGGAGUCUUCUUCGAGGACGGAACCCGCCGU